CGUGACCCGGCACACGCGUCUCCGCUGGCCCCGCAGACGCGGGCCGCCCCGGCCUCAGGGCAGCUCCUUCCUCCUCGCUGCGGCAACGCCCCCAGCCUCACGUCACGCCCGCGCCAUUGUUUCUCCGCGGUCGGCUGUCUGGGACCCGUCUUGGCCUCGGAGCGCGGCCCUUCGCCGCCUCUUAGCCUGCCUCGCUGGGUCCUGUGCUGCCCCCGCUUUUCUUUCGGGGUGUUGGCCGUCCCCAUCCCUCCUCACGGAGACACCCCUUGACUCGGGUCUGCCUGUUUUUUUCUGGCCGCCGCCGGGAGUCCUCCGGUCCGCACCCGAGGCCAGCCUUUCCGGCCCUCAUCCCCGGACCUGCCGCCCGCCGCGCGUUCCCGGUGGACCCGAGAAGCUGGCGGACGCUCCGAAUUCAGCGUACAAUUAAAAUGACAACCUCCUGGAGUGAUCGGUUACAGAAUGCAGCAGAUCUGCCUGCUAACAUGGAUAAACAUGCCCUGAAAAAGUAUCGGCGAGAAGCCUAUCAUCGGGUGUUUGUGAACCGAAGUUUAGCCAUGGAGAAAAUAAAGUGUUUUGGUUUUGAUAUGGAUUAUACACUUGCUGUGUACAAGUCCCCAGAGUAUGAGUCCCUUGGUUUUGAGCUUACUGUGGAGAGAUUAGUUUCUAUUGGCUAUCCUCAGGAACUGCUCAGCUUUGCUUAUGAUUCUACAUUCCCUACCAGGGGACUUGUCUUUGAUACACUAUAUGGAAAUCUUUUGAAAGUUGAUGCCUAUGGAAAUCUCUUGGUCUGUGCACAUGGAUUUAACUUCAUAAGGGGUUCUCAGGUAGCUGCUCAGAAGAGACCAGAAACUAGAGAGCAGUAUCCAAAUAAAUUUAUCCAACGAGAUGACACUGAAAGAUUUUACAUUCUGAAUACAUUAUUCAACCUACCAGAGACCUACCUGUUGGCCUGCCUAGUAGAUUUUUUUACUAAUUGUCCCAGAUAUACCAGCUGUGAAACGGGAUUUAAAGAUGGGGACCUCUUCAUGUCUUACCGGAGUAUGUUCCAGGAUGUAAGGGAUGCUGUUGACUGGGUUCAUUACAAGGGCUCCCUUAAGGAAAAGACAGUUGAAAAUCUUGAGAAGUAUGUAGUCAAAGAUGGAAAAUUGCCUUUGCUUCUGAGCCGGAUGAAGGAAGUAGGGAAAGUAUUUCUUGCCACCAAUAGUGACUAUAAAUAUACAGAUAAAAUUAUGACUUACCUGUUUGAUUUCCCACAUGGCCCCAAGCUUCUGCUGUUCCUGCUUCAUCAGCCUGGGAGCUCCCAUCGACCAUGGCAGUCCUACUUUGACCUGAUCUUGGUGGAUGCACGGAAACCACUCUUUUUUGGAGAAGGCACAGUACUGCGUCAGGUGGAUACUAAAACUGGCAAGCUGAAAAUUGGUACCUACACAGGCCCCUUACAACAUGGUAUUGUCUACUCAGGAGGUUCAUCUGAUACAAUCUGUGAUCUGUUGGGAGCCAAGGGCAAGGACAUUUUGUAUAUUGGAGAUCACAUUUUUGGGGACAUUUUGAAAUCAAAGAAACGGCAAGGGUGGCGAACUUUCUUGGUGAUUCCUGAACUUGCACAGGAGCUUCAUGUCUGGACUGAUAAGAGUUGUGGAGAAAAGCUGGAACACAGAGGCAGCAUGCAGCAGGUGCUGGCUGUUGCACUUUUUGAAGAGCUUCAGAGCUUGGAUAUUUUCUUGGCUGAACUUUACAAGCACCUUGACAGCAGCAGCAAUGAGCGCCCAGACAUUAGCUCCAUCCAGAGACGUAUUAAGAAAGUAACUCAUGACAUGGACAUGUGCUAUGGGAUGAUGGGAAGCUUGUUUCGCAGUGGCUCCCGGCAGACCCUCUUUGCCAGUCAGGUGAUGCGUUAUGCUGAUCUCUAUGCCGCAUCUUUCAUCAACCUGCUGUAUUACCCAUUCAGCUACCUCUUCAGAGCUGCCCACGUCUUGAUGCCUCACGAAUCAACGGUGGAACACACACAUGUAGAUAUCAAUGAGAUGGAGUCUCCACUUGCCACCCGGAACCGUACUUCAGUGGAUUUCAAAGAUACUGAUUACAAGCGGCACCAGUUGACACGAUCGAUUAGUGAGAUUAAACCCCCCAACCUAUUCCCACUGGCCCCCCAGGAAAUUACACACUGCCAUGAUGAAGAUGAUGAUGAAGAGGAGGAAGAGGAAGAAUAAGAAAGAAAACAAAAACUCUGAACAACCAUUAAACAAGUUCUGGCAGGACUCAUAGGAGCAUACCAUGUCCCUGCUUGGGUCCUAGUGGGGGGGGGUGGGGGGGUACUCCAUGAAAAGGUUCUGAAGACCUUAAGAUAAUUGUUUUAGUUUUGUGUGUCUACAGUCUUUACAGAUGGUUUAAAAUUGUAAUGGAGUCUGUAUUGGAAAAAAGGAAGGGUAAAAACUGGGCUGAAUUGCAUGAAGAUGGCUCCAUUGUGGCUUGUGACACUGUUUCCUUGUCUUGUUUCAUCAUCAGUCUGUUAAGUGUCAGAGAGGAACAAGGAAGAUGAUGGAAAGAGGUGAUCUAAAACAGCUGUUAUGUUACAAAUUGUGCUCUUACUCCAAAAUCCAUCUUUUUCAGUGCAUUACAUAGUAUUGUAUACCAGUGGAGAAAUACAUUGUUUCCAGGAUCAAAUGUAGCCUUCUGUUAAGGUCAAGGUUCCUUGUGUUCUCUGCUUGCUGUAGGGCUGAUCUGGAAUGGACUGCAGCAAUUUCAUUUUGAGGCAAAAGUCUUCGUCUAUUUCUACAGUUCUAUGAUUGAUAAGUUUUUUUUGUUAUUUCAAAAAACAAUCUUCUCAUCUGGGACAAAUCUGUAGAAAGAAUUUAGCUCAAAGAGGACAAAGGAACAAGCCCCCCAAAAGAAAAGGAGGAACUUUCUUAUAUUACAGCAUAACUGAGUAAAAUUCACUGGUGUGGUCUAUAUCGUGUGGCUUGUGCUACCGACUUCCAGCUCUCUCUCCCCUCUGGAGCUGAGUUUCAAUGUCAAGCAGUAGAAGAUAGAACGUGGGCUCUGUAAGCCAAAACUCUACUAAAGCAGAGGGCACAAUCAGUGUGAAUGAAUUCACUUCAGAAUCCCAAACAUCACUUCUUGUUGUCUUGAACAAGAAUGGAUCAUUACUGUAUACACUAGGGAGGGGGUAUUAUAACUACCUCCCAGUACAGUGGUAUAGACUCUUACUUUAUCCUUCAUAUAUUUCUUUCAUUCUUACGUCGUUGGUCAACAUGGGAGGGUAGAUUAGUUGCUCUAGAACUCAAUAAAGUAUAAUAUUUCUAA